UUUUGUUUUUUAACUCACCACUCUGUAACAUAAUGACACAACAAGAGGAUCUUUCGAGCACCUUAAACGAUCUGUCUCUUACUUCCAAACCAAAAUCGGUGAAACCUAAGGCUAGCUAUGAUAAGGCUGCUUUAAGAGAACGUUGGAAUAUCCUUGGUAAAGAUGCAGAACAAGCAAUUUUAUCAAUGAUCCGUAAAGCCUGUAUGAGCACUUUUGCCCGUAAAGAUUUCUUUAAGAUUUUGCAGAUAAUUAAGAUGAGUUUUGUACAACGAGAUUAUGAGGGUAUCUUCACGGAUGCGAUCAAUUUAGAAGUUUACACUGCGGCUUACGUUCCUGGUAGAGCACUUUGUUACUACGAAAUAUUUUGCAGACCCCAGAUUUUGAAGUUUUUGAAUCGUCCUAGUCAAAUCUACUGUGUCGGUUCAGGCUCUGGCUCAGAAUUAGCUGGUUUGGCCGCUGCGAUGACAAGAGUGCCCGCUGAACGUCAACGAGUGAAUUUAGUGAUGCAAGAUAUUGGUGAAUACUCAUCAAUUCUGAAGUCAUUCGAAACCACCAUUCGUGAUAAGUGGCUACUAAAUGAAGAACAGUUAACAUGUACAUAUGAGCAAAGUGAUGUUUUAGAUCAAGAGGAAAGCAACGUGGAUCUCAUUGACAAACGAUUCCGCGAGUCUGAUUUGAUCACCUUUAUGUUUGUUAUGAACGAGUUAUUUGUCAAAAAAGCUCCUGCUAUGGCAUUAAUACAACGAUUAGUAAAAUCAAUGAAGAAGGGCGCACAUUUACUCGUUGUCGAAUCAGCAGGUUCAUUCUCCCAACUCAAGGUAGGAAAUAAAACGUAUAUGGUGUACAUGCUUCUGGAUGCUCUUCAAGAUUUAGAGUUAGUAGUGGGCGAAGAUUCCCGCUGGUAUAGACAUCCUGACCAUUUGAAAUACCCGAUUGAUGUCCAAAAUAUGAGAUACUUUAUUCGUUUGUAUAAAAAGAAGUAAAUUCUUUCGUAACAGAUCCGUACCUGUUUCACUUAGAAUAAAAUACAAAUUGACCAAAUAUUAAAUGCUGACACGAAUGAGAGAACAGGAGAACAACAAAUAAUGCUAGUUAUACGUAUCAGAUCUCGGGAAAGAAAAUUAUCAGAUCAACAUAACAUACCUAAAUAUGAUGUCUUUAACUCAUAAUACCGAACUGUUUAUAAUAAACAUGAUAUCACUUCCCUCUUCAUUCAUUGAGAUAAACCUAAAGUUCAUACGAAACACG